CGUUGAUAGCGAGCGAGCUAUUUUUGCUUGAUAGUCAAUAACAUUACCUGCCAAUACCAAGGUCGAAACAGUCAUGGUGCUACUGCCGCGUCAGUCUCGGCUCCCCGCUUGCAAGGGUCGAGCGUUCUCGACAUCCUCCUACAAUCAGAAUUCCGUUCCAUUACUCAUUUCUCCAAAGCAGCUGAAAGAGCUACCUAAGAACUCCACGAUCCCACUUGAUGUCUCUUGGCAUAUGCCCAACAAUCCCAGAUCAGCACUUGCAGAUUACCUGGCCGGACCAAGGAUACCAAACGCGAGACGAUGGGACCUAGACGAAGUGGCCGAACUGGAUCCUCGGAAAAAUCCUCUGAGUUUGACUCACAUGUUGCCAUCCAAGGAACUCUUUGCGGAAGCUUGCGGGAAACGAGGUAUCUCACGCGAUACUCAUGUGGUCAUUUACGAUACCCUCGGAAUCUUCUCUUCUCCUCGCGGUCUAUUCACUUUCAAAGCCUUCGGACACGAAAAUGUGUCAGUUCUGGACGGGGGACUGCCGCGCUGGAUAGCGGAAGGAAAUGAUGUCGAGCUGGGGGAUGUGCCAAAUCACGGCGAGGUCGAGUACACGGGUGCUACGGAGCCAGAGCCAGGAUUUGUUCGAGCAUACGACGAAGUGGUGAAAAAUGCUCAGAAGCCAAGUUCGGACCCAUCUUCGAAGCCCCUACUGGAUCAUCGUCCGACCCCCAGGUGGGAAGGAUCCGCCCCUGAACCCAGACCAGGUCUUCCAUCAGGACAUAUUCCGAAUUCUAGAUCUACACCAUUCAGCUCCUACCUUGUUCCAAUGUCCGACAAGAGACCAUACACAUCGUACCGUCCGGUUGAAGAGCUCAGGAGCGUACUCGUAGACGGCGUCGGCGGCACAGAAUCAUGGGAGAAGUUGAAGAGUGGGGAUGGCGAAAUCAUCUUCUCCUGUGGCAGUGGCAUGACAGCUGGGAUCGGAUGGUUGGCAAUGGAGAUGGUAAAGCACGAAUCCGGCGAGCAGAUCAGAGGAUCAUUGUAUGAUGAGAGCUGGACUGGCUACGCCGUGAGGCCGGAAUCUGCGAUUGCGACCAACAAGGGUUCAAGGGCUUCGAACUGACAGAAAGCGGGGCGUCAGUUGCUGUAGACCAGGAACGAAUACACAGUGAUAGCUCGACGUUGAGAGUGGAGAUGGCAGGUAUCUUGAAGCAUCGCAUGAGAGAUGCGUCGGAAUGGGCUGUUGAUUGAUGAUGAAACCCCCGGCUCGAGUAGCCCAUCGCAUUGCAGGUCCUUGGCAGUGAUUAGCACUGCGCUCUCUCGUACGGUGACAAAUUUAGACGAUGCAUAACUCUGUACUGUCAUA